AUGAAGAUAUGUCUACGCUAUCUCGGUGACCCUGGAUAUCAACAAGGUAUUGGUCAGGAACUUGGUGUUAGUCAAGCAACGGUAUCUCAGACAGUGGAUAGAGUUGUGAACAGCAUAGUUGCACAGUCGAACGAAUGGAUCAAGUUUCCAACUACCAACCAUGAACUGAUGGAGGCCAAGCGGCUGUGGCAAAGCAUGUAUAAAUUUCCGACAGCAACUGGUGUAAUUGAUUGUACACAUAUAGGAAUCUUGAAACCAAAUCGCCAUGGAGAUGAGUAUAUCAACCGAAAAGGGAAACCUACUUUAAAUGUGCAAGCCACUUGUGAUGCCAGAGAGAUGUCGACAAGUGUUGACGUCAGUCUGGAUCAGUGCAUGAUUCCAGAAUAUGUAGAAAUUAACAGAUUAGAUUACAACUAAUAAAUAAAGCAAAUGUUGUACUACUUGGCGAUGACGGUUAUGGUAUUGAGCCAUGCCUUAUGACUCCCUUCAGAAACCCUACUAAGGAUUUAUGUCAAGGUUAAAGGAUUUUCAUAGCCGUCGAAUAAUAAAGAUACCACAGUGUGUCAAAGUUGGCUUAGACAUCAUACGUGCCGCAUGUUCCGAGUAUAUUUUUCCAGGAUUCCGUGGAAAGUAUAGUGAAUCCGCUGGAUGCCAUUUUUCCAUUUGCACAGAUUGCUCUAUAUUGCCAUGGAUUUUAUCCAAUAAAAGCUACACAUCCAGA